AUGGCAGACACUGGAGAUGUUUUAUCUACCUAUGCCUUGGAUAUGCUGAUGAGUAAAUCUGGAAUUUUGAGACAAAGUUAUAUGGAUGUAUUGAUGGAUACCGACAAUGACACAGCAACUAUUGUCUCGGUUGGUAUCUUUGCAACUGGGUUAGAUAGUUUCUUAGGAGAAGCUGAGGAAGCUGAUGACAAUGAUGCAGCAUCUGGGCUAGGAUUGAAUAUCAUGGAUGUUAUGGUUAGGCCAUUUCACUUCUUUAAUGGAUACAGUGAAAUGAUGGGAAUGAUGUGGAGUAUGACUGCAGAUAAUAUCAUCACUGCAUUGGCCGGUACUAUUCUUUUGCAUGACCAUUCUCAGAGAAUUGCAUUACAAAGUGGUAUAAAUGUGGACAAUCAGUUGAGAAGUAGUCUAUCAUUGGAUUUAUCUGGGUCAGUUGAGGUCAGCCUAUGGGAUAAGAACUCCCUAUCACUUGUGUCAAAUGGGGGCGCUAUGGUCAUUAAAGGGUCUACAUCUGUUGAUGCUGGCUUUGGGCAAGCUAGUCUAAAUUAUGUGGCAGACGCAGAGGCCAUCAUGCAUUUCACAACAUCAGUAGAUUUCUCUGAUCAGCCAGUCAUGGUAUGUCUACAGAUGAGCCAACCAGCUUUUGAAUUUAGGCACAAAAUAAAGAAAGAAGAGAAAACUCCGUCCUCUGAGAAGCCAUUUGUCAGGGAAUCCUCUAAAGAUGUAUAUAUUCCAGAAAAAACUUAUCUUUUACACCCGGAAAACUCCAUCAUGUGUGAUAUGAUGUUUGGAGAGGAUGAAGAUUGA